AUGGGCUUCUUCGCCACGUCCAUCGGCUACUUUGCCUUUUGCGCCCUGCACCUGGUGUGCUUCGCGCUGGCGCUGGCGGUGUGCGGUCUGUACGGCCAGGACCUCAACCACGCCCACCGGCAACACGUACACAGCGACUCUAAAUGGGUCUAUGCCGUCGUUGUAGGUGCACUGUCGGCCGUGACAUGCGUCGUCUGGUUCGUGCCUGCUCUUCUGCGCCACGCGGGCGUGUUCGGGGCUGUUUGGAACUCGAUACUCUUCAUUCUGUGGAUUACGCUGUUUGGAGUGUUUGGCGCGCUGUUCAUACACGAGAAUGCCGAGGGCGACGGCGACAUCCAGCGCAUGAAGAACGCCGUGUGGGUUGAUCUUACCAGCGCGCUUCUGUGGCUGAUUUCUGCCGUUGCCACUACCGUCUACUGGUGGAGGCACCGUGAUGCCCGAUCGACGUUUACUGGACGCGCUCGUGUUUGA